AUGGGCCGCCGAGUAGCGGAGCAGCUGCGCAGAAAGAAAACCCCCCCUGAUGGGGCUAGUGCAGGCAAAGAGCGGCGACCGAAGCGGAGCGGCGCGUUCCAGGUCCCGGUAUUAGACCUCGGGGAGGAGUCCUCCAGUGACGUGGUGCCGACACCGGAGCAAGCCACAGCUCCGUGCCCCCACCAUAUCGAUACGGGUAACGCCGCUCCUGUUCGGUUACAUCCGAGACGCCUCCCGUUAGCUAAACGAGCUAUAGCCGAGCAGCAGCUGCGUGAGAUGGCCGACUCGGGCGUUAUAGAGCCAGCAUCCGGACCGUGGUCUGCACCCGUUGUACUGGUGCGUAAAAAGGACGAAUCGUGGCGGUUUUGUGUGGACUACCGGCGGUUAAACGAGGUGACGCGCAAGGAUUCUUAUCCAUUACCGCGAAUAGAUGAUGCGCUGGAACACGUUGCGGGCUCGGCGUGGUUUAGCUCGUUGGAUCUGCGUAGCGGGUAUUGGCAAGUAGAGCUCGCCCCGGAAGCACGACCCAAAACCGCGUUUUCGAUCGGACAAGGCCUAUGGCAAUUUCGGCGCAUGCCGUUCGGCCUCUGCAACGCUCCCGCUACGUUCGAACGGUUGAUGGAGAGAGUAUUGGCAGAGAUCCCUCGCAACCGUUGUGUCGUCUACUUAGACGAUUUAUUGGUACACGGCAAGGAUUUCGCGGUCGCGCUAGCUAACCUACGGGAGGUGUUUCUAGCUAUCCGGCGGGCGAAUUUGCGGCUCAAUCCCAAAAAGUGCCAGUUGUUGCGGCAAGAAACUGUCUUUCUGGGACACGUCAUUAGCGCUCAAGGGAUUGCCACCGAUCCAGCCAAAAUUGCCGCGGUACAGAAUUGGCCUGAGCCGUCAAAUGUGUCGCAGCUGCGCACCUUUCUCGGGUUAGCGUCGUACUAUCGCCGGUUCGUGAGGGAUUUUGCUACGAUCGCCAGCCCGCUGCACGCGCUGACGAGAAAGAACCAGCCGUUUCGCUGGGACAGGGAGCACGCGCGUGCGUUCACCCGGUUACGGGAAGCUCUGGUUACGUCGCCCGUUCUCGAAUACCCUGAUAUAGCUCGUACGUUUAUUCUCGACACGGACGCGAGCGAUGUAGGGCUGGGGGCCGUCCUGUCUCAGGUUGCCGGGGGCAAAGAGCGUGUUGUCGCGUACUUCAGCCGCGCGUUGUCUGGGCCGGAAAAGAAUUACUGCGUCACGCGGCGCGAGCUGCUUGCGAUCGUCGCGGCCCUUAAGCAUUUUAGGCCGUAUUUAUACGGGCAAUCCUUCUUGCUGCGGACCGACCACGCUUCGCUGGUGUGGCUGCUCAGUUUUAAAGAGCCCGAGGGGCAGUUAGCGCGUUGGCUCGAACGGUUGCAAGACUAUCAUUUUACCGUUCAGCACCGAGCGGGAAAAUUGCACGCUAACGCCGAUGCGUUAUCCCGCGAGAAGGACCCGGCAUUGCAGCGGGUAUUAAGUUGGGUUAACGCGGGCCAGAGACCGGAUUAUGCCGCAAUCGCCCACCUGGGACCCGAAGAAAAAGCUCUCCACUCGCAGGUUCACCGACUAGCGUUGCGGGGGGGCUUACUCUACCGCCAGUGGGAACGGCCGUGUGGCGCUGGUGAAUCUUUUCAGCUGCUGGUGCCGCGGACUUUGCGGGCAUGUGUGCUGGGGAUGGUUCAUGGGCACGCGGGUUCGGGACACUUUGGGGUAACUAAGACACUGCGGCGGUUGCGUGCUCGGUUCUACUGGCCGGGUUGUCAUACUGACAGCGAACUUUUUGUUCACAGAUGCGAUGUCUGCACGGCAAAGAAGGGCCCUACCCAGCGCUCGCGAGCACCCUUGCAAGACUUUCGGGUGGGGGCGCCCAUGGAACGUAUGGGCGUGGACAUUCUGGGGCCGUUUCCCAUCUCUGAUCGCGGGAAUCGUUAUGUGCUGGUGGCCAUGGAUUACUUCACCAAGUGGCCGGAGGCGUUCGCUGUUCCGGAUCAGAGCGCUUCCACCACGGCUCGAGUGCUGGUGGAUGAGGUGUUCAGCCGAUUCGGCUCCUCGGAGCAGUUGCACAGUGAUCAGGGGCGUAACUUCGAGGCGGAGGUGUUUGCGGCGGUGUGCGAGCGCCUCGGGGUGAAAAAGACCCGCACCACGCCCCUGCAUCCACAAAGUGACGGCCUCGUGGAGCGGUUUAACCGAACACUCACCACCCAACUCGCCGUGCUUACCAGCAACCGGCAAAAAGAUUGGGACGAGCAUUUGCCUCUCGUGCUUUGGGCGUAUCGCACAGCGGUGCAGGAGUCCUCGCAACUGACGCCAGCUGCGUUAAUGUUCGGUCGCGAGUUGCGCACGCCUGUGGAUCUGGUGUUCGGGCCCCCGCCUCAAGUGGAUUUACCCACGAAACCAGGCCAGGAACUGAAUGGAGCAUUAAAAUCACUGGAACAUAAAGACCAACAGCUGGAGGAUUAUAAAAGACAAAUAGAGAACAAAGAUACAGAACUGAGAAACAGAGAGAAGAUCAUCGAGGAAAAAGACGCACAACUCAAAGAUACAAAUAUAACACUAGAGAAGACGAGUAAAGAGCUAGAGGAGAGAGACAGAGCUCUACAUGAGAGAGAUCAACAACUGAAACUGAAAGACACACAGAUACAGGAGACACAAAUACAAGUGGAGGAAAAGGACAACAGACUUGUGGAGAAGGAGAAAGAAUUAAAUGAGAAAAAUGAAGAGCUGAAGAUUCUAAAAGAACGUUUAGAGACUAAUGAGAAGACUCUUUCUGAGAGAGACGCAGUGUUAAUGGAAACAAAUAAUAAACUUCAACAUGCUACUGAACAAGUUAAAGAGAAAAUCUCACAACUGGAGAAUAUGAACAAACUGCUGAGUAAGAAAGAAACACAGCUGAAGAACACAGAUAAAGAGCUGGAAACCAGUAAAAACAAAGUGGAGACACUGGGACAGGAGCUGCAGGAUGACAAGAGACAACUACAGGAGAUGAUGAUCGUACUGGAGCAACAGAAAACUGAGUUAUCAGAAAAAAACAAACAGCUUGAAGAGACAGAGAGACGUCUAACUGAGAGAGAGACACAGCUAAUGGAGAGAGACAAACAGCUUCAGGAGAAAGACAAAUGCCUAACAGAAAAUCAAAAGAUGCUUCAGAUGAAGGACAAGACACUGGAAGAGAAGGACACACUGCUCAGAGAGGUGAAAGAGGAUUUAUACAAAACAAAUCGGACAUUAGAGGAGAAUCAGUCUCAGUUAAAAGAUAAAGAGAGACAACUGGAGAGUGUAAUGAAAGAGUUAGACACCAGUAAAACCAAACUGAAGGAGGGAGACAAAAAGCUGCAGGAGAAAGACAGACUUUUAAAUGAGAAUGAACUGGGGAAAACAAAGAGGACAUUAGAGGAGAAUCAGACAGAGUUGAAAUACAAAGAGAGACAACUGGAGAGUGUGGAGAAUGAACUGGAAUCCAGUAAAAACAAACUAACUGAACAAGACAAACAGCUUCAGGAGAAAGACAGACUUCUAGAGGAGAAAACAAAGCAGCUGCAGGAACAGACAGAUCCAGAACCAUCAGCCCCCAUCAGGAGAAGAAACAGCAAGGAAGGGUUACAUCCACAUAUGAGUGGAGAGACUCAGGACUCAGCAGCACCAAUCAGGAGAAGAAACAGUAUGGAGGGACGUCGUCCUACAUUUGGUGGAGAAUCCUCUAGUCCACAUUCUCCUGUGUCGGUUCCUGUAGCAGAACUGAGGCUGGUGCUGCUGGGGAGGACGGGGUCUGGGAAGAGUGCAGCAGGAAACACCAUCCUGAGCAAAAAGGAAAGGAACCAGGCUGCUACAUCUACAGUUACAUCUACAUCCACCCAGCAGAGUGAGAGCACACAGGGGGAGGUGGCUGGGAGAAAGGUGACUGUGGUGGACACUCCUGACUGGUUCUCUCCUGGACUCUCUUUGGAGAAGCUGAGACAGGACGUGGGACUCUGUGUCCAUCUGUCUGCUCCAGGACCCCACGCCUUCCUCUUGGUAAUACCUGCUAAGCAGUCUACAGGGGAGGGGAGGGGGAUGCUGGAGAAAAUGGAGGAGAUUUUUGGAGAGAGAUGUUUGAGAAACACCAUGAUUAUAUUCAGUGUUACUGAAGAACUUCAGAAGAAGAACAUUGAGGAGUUUAUUCAAUCAGGAGACCAGGAGGUCCAGAGACUAGUGGAGAAAUGUGGGAACAGGUUUCACUGUCUCAACAUUAAGGAGAGUGGAGAUGGUUCUCAGGUCUCAGAGCUGCUGGAGAAUAUAGAGAAGAUGGUGGAAGAAAGCAGAGAGAAAUUCUACAGCAGUGAGAUCUACCUGGAGACAGAAUCUCAGAUUAGAGCGAUGGAAACUAAGAUCCUGAAAGAAAGAGAAGAGAAAAGAAUGAAAGAGGAGAUGGAAGUGAAGGAAAAAAAAGAUAAGGAGGUGCAGGACUCUCUGAGAAAAAUGGAAGGAAUAAUCCAGGAGCAUGAAGGAGACAUCAGACAACUGAAUGAUCGAACAACUGAACUGGAGAGAAAGAUGAAAGAAGAGAGAGAUGAAGAGAAAAAGAAAGAACUUGAGAUGGAGUUAAAACAAGAGGUAGAUCGAAGGACAGAAAUGGAAAAAAAGCACCAACAGGAGAUGGAGAAGAUCAGGGAGGUGUAUGAAGGAAAGGUCAGAAUGGAGACAGAGAGAAACUUCAUGAAGAUCAUCCUGCCUGAACUCCAGAGAAACAUUUUGGCCUCAAAAACAAAGAUGCAGGAAGAGUUCAGCAGUCAGAUGGAGGAGAAGAACCGAGAGCUGGAGACUCUUAAAGAGAAACUUUCAGAUCUCACAGAGACUCACAAUGUGCUUGAAGAGGUUUAUGAGAAAACUGUGAGAAGCAGCUCAGAGUCAGAGAGAGCAGGUGUAACAGGAGAGGCAUCGAAGGGAAUUUCUCAGAAAUUUAAAGAAUUCUUUCACUAAAUAACAGAGUUCAUAAAGCCACAGACACUCACCCAGUCAGAGAGGAAUGUCCUAUUCUCACGGGACUAGUAUUACCUGGGGACCUCGAGGUUGUCUGUGAUCUUAAUCCUUUGUGAAUCGGCCAUGUCUGUAAUUUGUAAAGUAAAAAUUCCUCCGCAAAUGAACUACCAUAUUUCAGCGAACACUGAGGUCCUGUGAUAAUAUUAGUUCUGUGUGAAUCAGCAUGUCUGUGAUUUGACCAGGAUUUGGUGAAGUUAUCUAUCAAUUUUUUAAGGUUUUUCUUUGCUGCGUGCCUUUUUAUUAAUCUUCCGUGAAGAAUUCGUUAGAGUGUUUUGAGAGUAUUUUGUCAUAUUACUAUAUACCAUACAACAAUACAAUGUGCAGUAGGAGAAAGUAGAAAACCAUCAGAAGAGCAAAAGCAAACAUAUUGAUUAGAAAGUGAUUGAUGAGAUGUUUAGCAGGAUGCAGUAAACACUGUUGUUGUUGGUCUUUCGGCUGCUCUCGGCAAAAGGUUCGCCACAGCAGAAUAACCAGUCCGCACAACAACUUAGCACAGCUUUCACGCCGGAUGCCCUUCGUGAUGAAACCCUCCCAUUUUAUCCGGGCUUGGGACCGGCACUACAUCCAGUGGCUGGGGAUCGAACCCGGGCCUUCCGCAUGGCAGACGAAACACCUACCACUGAGCUACCAGUGCCCAGGAUGCAAUAAACACUCAUAUAUCAUACAGUCAGACCUGGUGUAGCUCAGUGGUUAAGGUAUUGGACUAUGGUUCAGACGAUCGCAGGUUCCCAGGCUCUGGAUAAGAGCGUCUGCCAAAUGCCUAAAUGUAAAUGUAGACCUGUAAUAAUAUUUCCAAACAAUAGUUGAUUCAAAGUAAUGCGUAAUUAAGCGAGGAGGUUGACGUCAUAAUGCUCCAGUCAUUCGAUUUUAACCCGAUGAAAUGUCAAUGACACAGGGCACGAUAACUAUAUUUGUUUCUUCUUUUUUUUUAUCCAUCUAACCGCACAUUCAUAAAUUCUCUCUCUGUCUCACACACAGUCUGCAUAUGCAUGGACAUACACACACGCACACACACACAUUUUUCAGGAUAUUUUCCAGUAUAUUCAAGAGAUAAGUCAGUAAAUUUGAGUUAAAUCGCAGUCUUCGUUUAUCCAAUGCGAAUGUGCCACAUGAAAUGUAGAUGUGGGGGGGUAAUUUCUAAAUCACAUGAGGGUCCCAAAUAAUACUAAUCCCGUGUGAAUAGUACAUAAGUGUGCAAUCCAGAGACAGUGGACAGAGCUGGAUGGGAGAAAAAUAAAAUUUUCUUACUUAUAGAUGCCCAGUAUAUAACUUAUGUUGAUUUUUAAAACACACACACACACACACACACACACACACACACACUAGGAUAGGCUACCUCUCAAUAAGAUCAUGUUAUCUUGAAGCUCCUCCCUACUGAUUCAGCUCUCUCUCCUCCUGCUCCUCCUCAUUCUGCCCUUCACUCCGGCCCUCAUCAUCGAUUACAGUUCACUCCUGCUCUCCUCUAUGACUCUAAACCUGCUCUUCUACACCCGUCUGAUGAUGCUGCACAAUGAAGAGGAGGUGACUGCAGCAGUCUCUUACGCUGUCAGCAGACGAAUAAAUGGGUCCCUGUCUCUCCGUUUAUUUUUUUAAUUAAUCAAUAAGUGUAAUAAUAAUAACAAUAAGAAGAAGAAGAAGAAAAAGAAGAUGAAGAAAAAUAAUAAUUUGUAUCAGCCCCGAAUUGCAUUGGCCCACUGGAAAAAUACCCGGUAUAUCAGAGUCCCAAUCUGGCCCUGAUGGUUGACGUAAUGAGAAGAGAUAUUAGCAUAAGGUUAAUGAAAGGAGCUAAUAAGCUAACAAACUGUUCUUUUACAUUACAAAAACUCUGCAAGGAAAUGCCUUAACCAGCAUGUAUAGUGUAUGGAUAGAGUUUAUUUUUUAUGUUUAAUUGGCUAUAAAUGUGUAUGAUAUAAUAAUGUGUAUAUAUAAAAGUUUAAGUAAAUCUUUAUUUGUCACAUAUACAUGACUGUACAGUAAGAUUCUUCUUUACGUAUCCCAGCGAGUGUUGGCGGUGGGGCAUUUUAAACAUUUUACAAACUGUAGAAAUCUUAUUACACCUCAAUGUGAUCAAUGCUUUUUAUACUAUAGAAUUUUGACAAAAUACUAUGUAAAUAUAGAUGAACAUUUUAUCUAUUUAUGUUUACAGUUCAUGUUGUGGUACAUCCUCAAAACACUAGUUGCUGCUAGAAGCACAAUCACCAGACUUGAACAAUUUUUAUUUUAUUUUAUUUUAGGUCAUGGCCGGUCAUACAAGCAUUUCACUGCAUAUCAUACUGU